AUGGAGUUUGGAAGCGAAUUGGAGCGCGACAAGGCGCUUAGAGCCGUCGUUGACAAGAUGCUCACGAGGUUGACGGGAGCCACCAAGGCCAAGAUCGAGCGCAAUCUGCUGUAUAACGGCAUGUCUCCAAGCGAGUUCGCGCGGCACAGCAAAGGUGUCGAGCCUUUCGACGAGGACCUCUCGAGACGGCUGCAGGUGCUCAAUGAUCAGGCAAAUACUCUCACGACAGAGGUGAUCGCGUUUCGCAAAGCGCUGCCGGCCCGCAGAGCCGAGGCGAUGGAGAAGCGGUCCGCCGUCAUUCGAGCUUUGGAGGCUAAGAAGGAGGAGCACCGCCGAGCAGCCGAGAAAGCACAUGCUCUGGAGCUGAGCGAGCAGAGCAAGCCCAUCAGUAUCGAUCUCAAGAGAAAAGCCGAGGUAGCGGUCACGCUCAAGCACUCUGUCGUCGACAUCACCAGUCUGCAAGUGGUAAGUGGUAUGAAGAUUCUGUUCAGGCUCCUGGAUCGGACAGACUUGAAGCUGACUAGUUCCGUCGUGUCUCCGGUCAUCUCGCACACAGUCGAUCUUGGAGCAAGCUACAGCGGCCACCGAGCAAGCCAAGCUCGUCAAGCGCCUGCGGGCGAUGCCGUUGUGAGCCUCGCUUUUGGCUUCUUCCGUCAUUGCCCAUCCGUCUUCUGCGAAGAGACUCGACUAUACCCCAAUGAAUGCAAUGCCAUACGCAAUACCACAUCCUCGAUUCGUGUGUGGCGACGCCAUCAGAUCGGCUCGCUCAAUCUCCUAUCAUGGCACUAG